CGACUAUUGUUCGGAUUAACCCAUGCUCGUAACCUUGAAGACCGCGAAAGAGAUGAUAUAAAAGUUAUGUCAGAUAUUAACCCAUUAUUCUUCUCGUUUGGCUAGUGUAGGUGUGUGUGUCGGCAAAAAUGAAUCUUCAAAUUUUCAGCUUAAAAUCCCUCUUGGUUUUCUUCGUCUUGGUGGUUUCGGCAUUAGGCGCACCUGCUCCAGCUCCUUGGGGUCAUUGGGGCGGUUACGGACAUGGAGGCGGCAUAACCAUUAUCGCUGUUAAGAAAAUUGGUGGCUAUGGCGGAUAUGGAUACCCGCACCAUGGAUGGGGAGGCGGUUAUGGGGUCGGCUACGGUGGCGGAUAUGGCGGCGGAUAUGGAAAAGGUUUUGGUGGUGGUUUCGGCAAAGGCUUCGGAGGCGGAUAUGGAGGAGGCUACGGAGGUGGUUUUGGAGGCGGCUACGGUGGUGGAUUCGGAGGAGGGUUUGGUUUUGGAGGAGGAUUUGGUGGAGGAUAUGGGAAAUAAAUCUUCCACAAAUGUAUAUAGCUAAUUUGUACAAAUAUGUAAUUAAGAAAUCAGCGUGUACGUCCGAUUGUGAACUGUAAUUUUUUAUGAUGACCCACUUAAAUACAUUUUUUCGUAUA